GUCACACUGGGUUUUAAAAUUAAGGUUAACGACGAUCUAACCAUGAAAAAAGGUUCCGCUUCAAAACACUCGCUCGGUGGAGCUGCACAGCGCUGUUGUCCCCAUAGUAAUCUCCCACCGACUUUCAUAAUAAAGAUCCUGCUGUCCUGCAAUAGAAUCGAAUCGAAUCGAAUCAUCUAGACUAAAUCAAGAUGCCUCAUGGCAAGAAGUCGCGCUCUGGGAACGCCAAGAAGAAGAACAAGGGUGGCAACAACCCCAAGUCCAAUCGAAACAGUAGUAACCGUGUGGAGGACGAAAACGAGUCGGUGACACGAGAAGAUUUUCCCGACUGGCAAGACAAUGAUGAGGAAACGUCAAAAACCACCACAGAGCUACCUCCCUUUCAGACCGUCUAUGAUCGUUACAAACAAGCGACGGAACGAUUCAAGGAUGCCUUGUUUGCCAAGGUCCCAGCCGAACUUCACCAAAAAGGCCAAGUAACGGAUCUGAUGGAUGCCGUGGAUUAUUUGGCCACGACCGAGAUUGUCAUUGAGCGAGAGCUGAUGCGAGAUUUGAAACUGGCCAUUUCGGCACGACGACGGGCCACUCUGUACUACUACUCGACAGCAACACAGGAUACUGGACAUGAACACUUUUUGACAGUACUGGCGUACUGUUGGGGGAAACUCCGGUCCAUGACCAAAAAGGCUGGCAGCAGUAAAAAGGCGACUCGCACAACCACAGCUUCUCAACCACAAUCACAACCACAAUUCACACAACAGCAGCAAUCCGCUCAUCAUGAAGGAAAUCGGUUCGAUGGACUGGCCUUUUUAGAAGACGACGACGAUGAUGAUGAUUUGGAAGACGAAACGGAACUACCUCGUAUUCCCACGGCCCGUCCCAAGGUCCCCGAUCGACUGUCACUACAAGAAUUGGUCCAUGCCAACGACCGCAUGGCCGCCAUUUUCUUUCUCAUGACACUCGAUGAACUCAUGGGACACAAUGCCCAGCAAUUUGCAAAACUCAAACAAGACUAUCAAUAUGGUAAAACUCAGGGAUAUCCACCCACCACUAUUGUAGAACAACUGAUGGAAGCGACCACCUCCUGCAAUUAUGCCAUUCAACUCGUGGCGACACUGGAACAACAAUUGACGGUCGAUUUUCCACACAUGAACACGGUCUAUCGAUUCUUGGCCGUUUUGGUCCUUCCCCAAUUUGCGCAAUCCUUGACCGAACUUGUUGUUCAACAAUCGCCCACCAAAGCGGUGGAGUUUCGAGAAACACACGCCUUUAUGUUUUUGGGAGAUGCUCUGGAAGCGGCAUUUCGCAAUCCCAGUGAUCCGCGAAAUCCCACCACGACAUUGGCGGGCGACUUUGCCACCGAGUGGCAAUUAUUGAAUAGCGUUGGCGAGUUAGAGGAAAUGGUCAAAAUGGUCAAAUACGUCGUCUUGUUGGAAGCACCGUUGAAACAAGAGGUGGCCAUGAAUCAGAAUUUCUUUGCAAUGGCACAACAACAAGGAGCAUCGCGACAACAACAGCAACAGCCAUACUCGUGGUUGCCUCACACGCAAUUCAUUGGACAGAAGCGAGCCAUUGUGCAGACGUUGCGCUUGGUACAAAUGAUUGGAUCGGUACUGCAUUCCAACAAGGGGCAUUUGGUACUCAAACAGGGAUAUUUUGGGCGACAAUGGGAUGAAAAAAAGAAACGUGCCACAUCUAUUCAAGGGGAUCUUGAUGAAUUCCUCAUGGGAGAUGUCCUGCCGCUGCUCAGUUUAAUGUGUCAUGAGGGGAUGCUCUCAACCCAUUUGCCGUUUGAACGAGAACUGCUCACGUUCUUUUCCGAAUUGAAGGCGUUUGUCAAGAAUCCCUUACAGCCCGUGAGUUGGGCAUUGGUAUUUGCCGUGCAUACACUCCAAACUUCCAUUAUGGAAGUACAGGGCAACGAUGACGUGCAUAAUAUUGGAAAGGAAGCCAAAUCCUGCUUUGAAACCUUCAUGGGACAAAUUGACUGGGCCAAGACGACGUUUCAGUCCGAAUCGGGACGAGCGCAGCAUUGGCAUGCCAACAUGAAACGCUUGUCCAGUCUGCGGUGGUUGGUGCGUCCGCUCGCGUAUCCCACGCAGCUAGUGGGAGUGGAGCGAGAAAUCAAAACCAUGAGGGCCGUUUGGAAUCCACUCUGUGCCGGAUCUUUUCUCUUGUUCGUCUCCUACUUUGUCAAUUUGGAAGGUGGAACCAGCAUGAUUGACAAUUUUGCCCAAUUACGAUUGGUCCUCCAUCUGUACAAUGCACUGCUCGUAAACGGAGCGCUGGAACCCGGUCAGUUGGAAGUUCUCGACUGGUUACACCGCCAGUUCCAAAACAGCAAGGCCGUUUGGGAGGGUGCCAUUCCAGGGAGAGGACAAUUUGUGUAUCGAUGGUGGUUGACGUUUGGGUCGACGGCAGCGCUGGCGCGACAAAAGAGUGGCGAAACCAAGGAAAGAAUCAUUCACUCGACACCACAACAACAAAUGAAUGAUGCUGCAGCACAGAUUGGGCGUGCCACUCGCGAACAGACACCGAUUGAACCCAAAGACCUUUCCAAGAGCUAUCGGCGUAUCUGCAUGCAUGAUUUUGCAGGGUUGCAGGAUCGCUAUCAUACACCUGAACAACGACGAAAACAGAGGCAUGCGGAUAUCUAUCGGCAUGCCGUCCGAGUCAAUGACACUUUGGAUGCCAUGGAAGCGGAUCAACGGCUCUUGGCAUCCAAUCUUAUCAAUCUUGGGGAACUACUCAAUGAGUUCAUUACCAGUCUCUUUCGCAUCCUGGAAAUCGAAUCAGAGAUAAAGAAAGGAGUUGCUCAAAUUCCAGAUUCAAUGAAACACACCAGACGUAUCAGCGGAAAGCGGGCCAAUCGAUGGGAAUCAGGAGAUGCCAACGUGGAACGGCAGAUUCUAGUGGAACUGUAUUCGGAGGUGAUACUUGGGCCAUUGGACUUUGAUCCUGCUCCGCAAAACAACAACAUGGUGGUGCGGACUGCAGCCUUCAUGAAACUUUUUUUCGGCAGGAUGGAUCCUAGCAAAGUUAUGUGGUUCAUUCCUACAGAAGAGGAGGGUUAAUCAGGAAUCGGGAACAAGUGGCUACUGCAUCUCACAAACUAACUAUUUUCUAUGACUAAACUGCAGUAUGAAACCGUUGAAGGGCACCGAUUUUGUUCCUUUGUAACCUUUAGAAGGCUCGCCACUUCUUGAUGCUGGUCAACCCAGGGAACACCAUACAAUCUCCUUCAGCAUCAAAGCAUGCUGUUGCCUACGUUUUCCUGCCCUGCCAGGUUGAUUCUCCCUUGGCAGCUCUGUGCAGUUCAAUGAAACCGCGACUCCCUGGAGCGACGGAGAAGUUGCAGUCUCUGGAUUUGUUGUAGAUCAGGAGAGGAUUUUGUCUUGUCAUCUCAUCUAUCUAGUUUUACAAACGCUUCUUUGCUACACUGCCAUUA